AUGAACCAUUUCCACAUCUAUGAAGCCAUUGGCCGUGGCAAAUACUCGAGUGUGUAUAAAGGUAGAAAGAAGAAGACGAUCGAGUAUUUCGCUGUUAAGAGUGUUGAUAAGUCGCAGAAGAGUAAAGUUCUUCAUGAAGUUAGGAUGCUUCACUUCUUAGAUCAUCCAAAUGUUUUAAAAUUUUACUCAUGGUAUGAAACGCCAUCUCACUUGUGGUUGGUUUUGGAAUAUUGUGUUGGUGGAGAUCUCAUGACCUUAUUGCGACAGGAUAGUCAGCUGCCUGAAGAUUCAAUUCACGAUCUUGCCCAUGACGUAGUUAGAGCUUUGCAGUUUUUACACUCAAAAGGAAUCAUUUACUGUGAUUUAAAACCAUCAAACAUCCUCUUAGAUGAGAACGGACACACAAAGCUGUGUGAUUUUGGAUUGGCAAGAAAAUUGAGCGAUAUAUCCAAAACUCCUUCUUCAAUGUUGCCACAAGCAAAACGCGGAACACCCUGUUAUAUGGCUCCUGAACUAUUUGAGGAUGGGGGUGUCCAUUCGUAUGCAUCUGACUUUUGGGCAUUAGGCUGUGUACUGUAUGAGUGCUAUGCAGGGAGGCCUCCUUUUGUGGGAAGAGAAUUCACACAGCUAGUGAAAUCCAUACUCUCAGAUCCAACACCACCCCUUCCUGGCACUCCAAGCCGUCCCUUUGUCAACUUAAUCAAUUCUCUCCUGGUAAAAGAUCCAGCUGAAAGAAUCCAGUGGAGUGAGCUUUGUGGACAUGCUUUCUGGAGAACUAAAUUUUCUCCAGCGCUGCUACCUCCUCAGCCUGCGUUUGAUAAUAUGAUAGAGCUUUGUGCUAAGCCUUGUCUCUCAGAACGUAAUGGAGACAGAUCUUUAGUAAAUAGGACCCCUCCUAACCGUCAAGAAAAGGAUGCAAAAAACCGUCAACAAAAGGAUGCAAAAGUGACACCAAAACAGGAUGAGAAUUCUAUGUUAGGAUUAAGAGGUCAUGAGACACCAGCUAAAGGUACGCCAAGUGGCAGGAAAACUCAAACAAAGGCCUCUGGCAGGGUAGUUGAGGAGAAGCAGAAGGAUCCUUCCAGCACUGCUAGGCGUGUUAAUCUCUUAAGGCUGUCAAGAAUAGCAAAAUCAAACUUACAGAGGGAGAACGAGAAGGAAAACUACAGGAGGCCCUUGCCCAGUGGUUCCGAGAAUGAUUCUGAGGUCAAAAUCGAGAAUACUGAUAUGGAGCUUGAUUUUAAUGAGAAUGCUGAAGAUGAGACACAUGAUGAACCUGAUGGGUUAGAUAACCCAACCAGUACAACAGAAGAGGUGGUCAAUAACACACCUCAAUGGGAAACCUCUCCUGUGGUUAAUGCACCUGCCUCAGAUGAAUCAAGAACAAAUGACCAGGAUUCAUCUUCAGAGCAUGUUGAUAUGGUUUCUACUCCACUCAGUGCUAGUCCUCAGCUCAGGAAUCAAAGAAUUAAAGAAGGUUUGGGGUCAGCCAUUGAGUUUGAUUCUUCAAAAUCAUCCAAUAACCUUUCACAGGUCCUUUGGCAUCCAUCUGAUCUAUCUGUCAGACCUGUAAUGCCCAGUAGAAAAGCUGAUAAAGCAUCAAAUGUUAUUCCUUCUCUUCCAUUCGAGGCCCUGCAACCAUCUGAUUUUGUAAAGAUGUCAAAGGAGCAGCUGGAUGCACUCACCAAUAGAAUCAUAUCCAUUUUAAAUGGAAACACCAGCAUCGGGGAGAAGCAGAAUGUGAUUAGAUACCUUGAGAUGUUGAGUAGCAAUGCUGAUACAGCCAAUAUCCUGACAAAUGGGCCAAUAAUGCUCAUGCUCGUUAAAAUGCUUCGACUGUCCAAGACCUCAGCUUUGCGUGUUCAACUUGCUUCAUUGAUUGGCUUGUUAAUUCGUCAUUCAACAUUUAUUGAAGAUGAUCUGGCAAAUUCUGGAAUUCUGGGCUCACUUACAGAUGGCCUCAGAGACAAGCAGGAAAAAGUUAGGAGAUUUUCCAUGGCUGCUUUAGGUGAGUUGCUGUUUUAUAUAUCCACCCAGAAUGAUCAGAUCAAAGAUAACAAUCCACCAGAAUCUCCAUCAAAGGACAGCCGAUCCACAUUUGGCUGGCAGGUUCCAAACUCAUUGAUUUCAUUGGUGUCAUCUGUUUUACGUAAAGGAGAGGACGAUAUAACUCAACUUUAUGCAUUGAGGACAAUUGAAAACAUUUGCAGUCAAGGGGGGCACUGGGCAGCUCGCUUCACUAGCCAGGAUGUGAUUAGUAACCUCUGUUAUAUAUAUAGAGCUGCAGGGAAACAGGAGAGCAUCAGGCUUACUGCAGGUUCAUGUUUAGUCCGCCUGGCAAGAUUCAAUCCUCCUAGCAUUCAAUCAGUCAUGGAGAAACUGUCUUUCAAGGACACAGCAUCUGCCCUUGUCAAGGGCAGCCCACGUGAGCAGCAAUUAAGUUUGAACCUCUUAAACAUGGCCAUGCUUGGAAGUCAUGUGCUCACAAAUAUUGGACGGCACCUUUCAAACUUGGGAGAGGAUAAGAAUUUGGUCCCAAGUCUCGUGUCUCUUUCUGAGCAGGGUACUGAAAUUUUGAGGGGAAAGGCACUUCUUUUCAUUGCUCUUCUUUGUAAGAAUGGUAGGAGGUGGCUACCACACUUUUUUGCAACCCAAGUGGAUAGGCUAGCAAAAGAGAAGGACCUCUAUCUCCAACAAUGUCUAGAAGCAUUUGUGCACAUUGUGGCUUCUACAAUACCAAGUUUACUGGAUAUUAUAACUGGAGAUAUUCAGCAAUUGAUAGGAGGAAGGCGCCAUGGUCAUAUCUCUGCCAUUGCACAUCGAAUUGCUCCUAAGAACAAUGUUCAUUUGUUUCCAGUUGUUCUUCAUCUUCUUGGAAGCUCUUCUUUUAAGCUGAGGGUGGUGAACCAUCAAGUUAUGCAGCAGCUGGCAAAUUUGGUCAGAGUCAUGGAGGCACCAUUUCAGGGCAGAGAUGACUUCCAAAUAACCCUUCUUCGAGUUCUUGAAUCUGUUGCAGAGGAGCGUCUUGUAAUUCUUGAAAGCCCCAACAUUUUCACUGGUGAAAUCCUUCCUGGUCUAGCUGUUCUGUACAAGGGCAACAAGGAUGGUGAUGCCAGAUUUUUGUGCCUUAAGAUUCUGUUUGAUGUAAUGGUAAUUUUCUUGAAUGAACCUUUGGAAGAUGAGCAAAGAUCAGAGACUUUAAAGUCCAUAUCCAAUAGUCAUUUCCUCCCUCUAUACCCAACCUUUAUUGAAGAUGAAGAUCCCAUUCCCAUGUAUGCACAGAAGCUCCUUGUGAUGCUCAUUGAGUUUAACUACAUUAAAAUAUCUGACAUUCUACAUCUGAAGACAGUCUCACAGUGUUUUGAAUUUUUGCUUGGUGACCUAUCAAGUGCAAAUGUCAAUAAUGUUCAGCUGUGUCUGGCUUUGGCAUCAGCUCCUGAAAUGGAAUCCAAGUUGCUUUCUCAAUUAAAAGUGGUUAGGAGGAUUGGAAACCUUUUAGAGUUUGUGUAUGCAAAGGACAUGGAAGAUUUUCUUGAGCCAACUCUUGGCCUGUGUAGGGCAUUCCUUCUAUGUUCAGUUGGCAGUAAAAGAGGACUUGACUACCAAAAAGAGCCAGCACUUCUAAAUGAUUCUUCUUCUGAGGCAAGCGCUGCAGUUGAUCAACACAUAAGAGAUAUAAUGGACUUUGGUAGCAAUGUUGGUGUUUUCCUGGAGUUGAGUGUGUCCCGUGAAGCAAAUAUUGCAGAUAUAGCUUCUGAGUGUGUGUUGUUGUUGCUGAAGGCAGCUCCAAGGGAAGCCACAACUGGUUUUCUAACUAACCUUCCAAAGGUUAGUGCAAUCCUCGAGUCUUGGCGCAAGGGUGUUCCUCACUUACUUUUGCAGCGGAUACUGCAUGCUCUUGCUUAUUCUUGUCGGCAAUAUUUGUCACAUGCGAUGAUACUAUCCAUAUCUGUAAAUGAGAUUUCAAGGAUUGAAGUCAUUCUUUUGGAGCUGAAAAAUUCAAGCACCCUUGAUUUAGCCAAUGCUGCUUUGCUUGUGGCCUCAGAGUUGCAGCGUCUACCUCGUUGCCUUUGA